CGUGUCGGCUCUUCUCGCUUCACCGUUCCCGUUUCCAUUCCCGUUCCGUUUGGAACGGCAUCGCCAUCCUUUAUAUUCCACCGACGAUCGGACUGCCCGUGGCCUCCCGGAUGCCAGAUCAAUACAAUUACCAGUCUCGUUCGCGACGACGGGCUUUGUUCAGAUCUAGGUUUACGGUCGGACUUCGAUCGCGGGACGCCUCGGCGUGGCCCCCGCCGGCGAUGCUCUCAUGGAAGGAAAAGGUGGCAGCAAAGCUCUCCCGGAUCCUCGCCGAUCUCCCUUCUUCCCUUCCUACUCGGCCUGGAGAUUACUCCCCCAUCGCUACGGAGGACAAGGCAAUGUCUUCCCAAGACUAUUCAUCUCAAGUUAUUCUGCCUUUCUCUUCAAACUUUUUGCCUUCUUUGAACUCAACGAGUGGUGAUGCUGAUGCGAGUGUGCCAAAAUCACCUGCUCAUGUUCAUAGUGAAGGUUCAUUACCACAAAAAUCACUACCCAGAAAAUGGAGUGCAAAAUCGUUGCCAUGGAAAAAAAGACCCUCUAAUUUUGGUGAGGAAAAUGGAACAACUGAGUGCCGAGAAAUUCCCGAAAGUUCAAAGGAGGACAUGAACCAGUUCCCCAAUAGACCUAUUGAUCAUUGUUCCAUGUUUGUUGACGCCUCAACUCGACAAGACCCUAAUGAAUAUCUUUCUUAUCUUACCGUAAAGUCUACAUUUAUGUCUGCUAACCUUUUUGAUUUUUUUGGGUCGUGUUUGCCCAAUAUUGUGAAAGGGUGUCAAUGGAUACUUUUGUAUAGCACAUGGAAACAUGGGAUAUCAUUUCAAACUCUUCUUCGUAAGAGUGCUGACCCUCCGGGUCCAUGCCUAUUAAUUGUUGGCGAUAUGCAAGGUGCUAUUUUUGGUGGACUUCUGAAUAGCCCUUUGAAGCCUACAUCUAAAAGGAAGUAUCAAUUGCUUGAGUUUGAUUAUCAUGAUGUUGGUGAGCAGUUGGUGAGCAGGGCACAAGCGAAACCUUUGUGUUCAGUACAAUUUAUGGGGAGCCAAGACUCUUCAGAGCAACUGACAUUGAUUACAGGUGCAAAUAGGUUUUACUACUUGUGCUUGAAUGAUCAACUGGCAUUUGGUGGGGGUCAAAACUUUGCUUUAUCCAUUGAGGAAGAUCUGUUACGCGGAAGCAGUGGCCCCUGUGAAACAUUUGGAAACUCUUGCUUGGCUCAUAAUUCAGAAUUUGAGCUGAAGAAUGUUGAGUUGUGGGGCUUUGCUCAUUCAUCUUAUUACCUCACGUAGCAUGCUUCCAAAGAAAGUUCCAUCGGGAGCCAUUUGGGUCAUUUUUGAUGCAUUUUUUGUUUUUUAGAAAACCUUGUUAUAAUUUCUUCACUGUUGUGAAUCUUCUCCCAAGCUCUGUUGUUGAUUAUUAUUGCAUUAAUCGUCAGAGGUAUACGUGAAAA